AAGCUCCACUCACCUUUACCACUGACACUGUGAGAGACAAGUCAUCAAGACUACAGCCUCCAGUGAAGCCAUGGCGUCCAGUCUUCCCAUCCUCAUGCUGCUCCUGUGCAGUCUGACCGUGGCUCAAGCCGAGCUGAGGGUGUAUAACCUGCGAGCCACCGAUCUUCCCUCUGACUUCUUUGGAACCACAGACGGCUACGUCAAGGCGUUCAUCAACACUGACCCCAUCGGUGAGACGUCUGUUGAAAAAAAUGAAAAAAACCCAAGCUGGUUUGAGGACUUGACCUACUCCGCGGCCAAGACUGGCGACAUACUGAGGCUGGAGGUCCACGACAGUGACCCCUUCUUUGAUGACCUUGUGGGAUCCUGUGCGACAGCAAUCAAGCGAGGGACCUACUCGCUCAAAUGCUACUUGAUGGAAGGUGGAAAACUUCAGUACACCUAUUCUUUUGUUUAACAUUACUGACUACAAGUUGGUCUUUACUGUUCUAAUGUCCUGGAAUCAAUUUGUUGGAUUUUUAAUCCAAUAAAUCAUGUUGCGACUAUC